UUUUCUGCAUAAAGUGCUUUUAUUUUCAUUACUUUAGUUUAAUUUUACGGAUUGUUUUUAAAUAGUUAAGUAACAUUUUGAAUGCACAAACUAUUUUUUUGUAGUUUUAAUAGUGUUGUUUUAAUACUUUAAUUUACGUAACGGAUGUAAAUACCUAUUUAAUGCUGGUUUGCAUGAUCAGAAAUAUCUUUAAGUGUUCGUAUCAAUCUGUGAUCGGCUAAUCGGGUCUGAAGCAGCAGUGCAGGAAACAACACAGUGAAGCUAACAGCCGCGCUUCAGAGGAUUCAGCAUCACUCAAGGCUGCCGGUCAUGGGUCUGACCAAGCAGUACCUGCGCUACGCUGCCAGCGCAGUGUUUGGAGUCAUUGGGAGCCAAAAAGCAAACAUUGCUUAUGUGACGCAGCGAGGCGGAGAGAGGGGGCGCUACGUUGCUGUGGCUGCAUGUGAACACGUCUUCAUCUGGGACGUCCGCAAAGGAGAGAAGGUCCUGAUCCUGCAGGGUCAGAAACACGAGGUGACCUUCCUCUGCCCGUCGCCAGAUGGCAUCCACAUCGCCGUUGGCUACGAGGAUGGCGCCGUGCGAAUCUUCAGCCUGCUGAACGGCGAGAGCAACGUCUCCUUCAACGGCCACAAGACGGCAGUCAGCGUCAUGCAGUACGACACGCUCGGAGCACGCCUCGUUACCGGCUCCAGGGACACAGAUGUGGUGGUGUGGGACAUCAUCAACGAGUCCGGACUCUACAGGCUGAGAGGACACAAAGACGUCAUCACACAGACGCUGUUCCUCAAAGACAAGAACGUCCUGGUCACCAGCUCCAAGGACAGUUUUGUGAAGUGGUGGGACCUGGACACGCAGCACUGCUUCAAGACCAUGGUGGGCCAUCGCAGUGAGGUGUGGGGCAUGGUGCUGCUGAACCAGGAGAACAGGCUGCUAACAGGCUCAGCAGACAGCGAGCUCCGAGCCUGGGACAUCAACUACCUGCAGGAGGAGAAAGCAGAGGGUGAGCCGAAGGUGAAGAAAGGGAAAACUCUGCUGGAUGACGAUGAUGAAGACACGUUGGAUGAAAGUCCUGAGGAGCGGAUCCUGAGCUGUCACAAAGCCGGCUCGAUCCUGAGAGAAGCACGAGACCGAGUCGUCUCGCUGACAGCCGACACCAAGGCCCGAGUCAUCGCCUGCCAUGGUAAUGACUCGGUGCUGGAGCUCUUCACUGUGCUGUCAGAGGAAGAAGUGCAGAAGAAGAUGACGAAGAAGCUGAAGAAAGCCAAAAAGAAGGCAGCAAAAGCUCAGGAGGAUGCAGGCGAGGAGGUGGUGGAGAGGACGCUGAAGGACGAGAUCCUCAGACUGACCAACCUCAAGGCCUCCUCCAAGAUCAGAUGGGUGGACGUCCUGUCGUGUGCAGGCGGAGAGCUGAAGGUGGCGCUGCUGCUGCAGAACAACACCGUGGAGACUUACAGCCUGAAGAGUUCAGAUAAGACUCCCGCAGCCAAUAAGACGGCUCGCCUCACGCUGGGAGGCCACCGCACCGACGUACGCACGCUGGCCUUCAGCUCAGACAACCUGGCUGUCCUCUCCGCCUCGGGGGACACUGUCAAAGUCUGGAACAGAUCAACUCUGCAGGUGAUCCGCACCAUGGCCUGUGAAUAUUCCCUCUGCUCACUCUUUGUGCCUGGAGACAGACAGAUCAUCCUGGGAACAAAGAGUGGGAAGCUGCAGAUCUUUGAGUUGGCCUCAGGAAGCCUCCUGGAGACUGUGGACGCCCACAAUGGAGCUCUGUGGUCCCUGUGCCUGGCCCCAGACCAAAGAGGGAUUGUCACAGGAAGUGCAGAUAAGACGGUGAAGUUCUGGGACUUUGAGCUGGUAAAGGAUGAAGGGACGGGACAAAAGAGGCUGACAGUGAAGCACACACGCACUCUGCAGCUGGAGGAAGACGUCUUGUGUGUGAAGUUUUCUCCGGACCACAGACUGCUGGCCGUCUCUCUGUUGGACUGCACGGUCAAAGUCUUCUACACAGACACAUUGAAGUUCUUCUUGUCUCUAUACGGACACAAGCUGCCUGUUCUUUGUCUCGACAUCUCACAUGAUAAUACGCUCAUCGCCACCGGCUCUGCCGACAGGAACGUGAAGAUCUGGGGUCUGGACUUCGGGGACUGUCACCGCUCCAUGUUUGCUCAUGACGACAGCGUCAUGUUCCUCCAGUUCGUCCCAAAGACUCAUCUGUUCUUCACAGCGGGGAAGGACAAGAAGAUCAAACAGUGGGACGCCGACAAGUUUGAGCACAUCCAGACGCUGGAGGGUCAUCACCGGGAGGUUUGGUGUCUGACCAUCAGCCCCAACGGCGACCACAUCGUAUCAGCGUCCCACGACAAAUCCCUGCGUCUCUGGGAGAGGACGAGAGAGCCCAUCAUCCUGGAGGAGGAACGGGAAAUGGAGCGAGAAGCAGAGUUUGAGGAGAGCUUGGCCAAAGGAGACGAGCCAGUGGUUCCUGGAGAGACUCCAGGAGAAGCAGCACCAGCCGCCAAGAAGACCAUCGAGACAGUUAAAGCUGCGGAGCGAAUCAUGGAGGCUCUGGAACUUUACAAAGAGGAAAACAGGAAGCUGGAAGAGUAUAAACUGGCCUGUCAGACAGCCGGCAACGAGCUUCCUCCACCAAAACCAAAUCCUAUCCUCGUGGCCUUUGGAAACGUUUCACCGUCCCGCUACGUUUUAGACGUCAUAAAGAAGGUCAGAUCGAGUGAGCUGGAAGUUUCUCUGCUCGUCUUACCGUUCCCUUACAUCCCUGAGCUGCUGACGCUGUUCAACAGCUACAUCCAGCAGGGCCUGGAGGUGGAGCUGAUCUGCCGCUGCCUUUUCUUCCUCCUUAAGAUCCAUUUUGGUCAGAUCUCCAGCAACCAGAUGCUGCUGUCUGUUAUAGAUGAGCUACGGACCAAUACUGUCUCCAAAGUGCGCCAGAUCAGAGACGUGAUGGGCUUCAACAGUGCUGCGCUCCAGUUCCUCCAGCGGGAGCUCGAGAGCAAAGAGGACGUGAUGUUCUUUGCAGACGCCACGGGACAACUGGCAGAGAAGAAGAAGAAGAGGAGGAAGAGAGAGCGAGCCAUCCUGACCAUUGCUUGAAUCAUAAUGGACUUUUUUUCACUGUUUGUGUAUAAAAUUCCUCAUCUCAUCCCAGCUGUUUGGUUUUUGUACGUUAUGAAAUCCUGGUAGGAUUUAACUGUUAUUCAGCGGCACGCUUCAUUUCCCAAAUAAACUGUCUGACUUUUUCUCACA